AUGACUUCAACCACCUCAGAGGCUGCUGCGAUCGCCACGCUCGUCAAGGAACAGACUUUCACUAUGGCGGAGAAAUACUUCGAAAUGGCUACCACAGCUUUGCUCAUAUGGCACUACGUAUUGACGGUCGAAAAUGAGCUCGCUUUCUUCUGGCGAAGACGAUUCUCCAGCGCAUACGCGCUGUUCGUCGCGAACCGCUAUCUCAUCCUCGUCGUCAUCAUAUACCAGUCGCCCUGGUGGGCCGUGCAUUACUCACACAUGUACAUCUUCCGAUACCUGCAGUAUCUCGUCUGGGCAGCAUUCACCAGUCUGCGCGCAUACGCGCUGCAGAUGCAGUGGUUAUGGGCGAUCCUCGUGCUCGCCCUCUCGCUCGGCCCAGUCGCAUAUGGUACAAUGACUAUAAUCACCGUAGGCAUCUCGUUCACCCCCGCAAACGGAUGCCAUUCGCACGGUACCAUCUCAUCGCAGCUGGACGAAAGGUACGCCACGCUCGCGACUCCGCCUACCAUCAACCACCCUGAACGUCGACCUUCUUUCGUAGAUGUGAGCUCGCACGUCCAUCUAUGUAGCACUUCUGACUUAGAUUCGACCGCAGUGGCGAUCACCGCGCGUGCAGCCCUCGUCGCGGCCGAGCUCAUCGUGAUGGCUCUCACCUGGGCCGAGAUGGGCCGCUACCGCCGCAGCGCAGGCGGCGCGCGGACCCCCGGCACGGCGUCGACGCUAUCGCACGUGUUCUACGAGAACGGCAGGGUGUAUCUCGUCCUGAUACUGGUCAUGCAUGCGCUCUAUCUCGUGAACUGGGUAGUCUCGGUCUCACCCACGACAACGAGCACCCUCCUGCUCUACUUCGUCGACUUCAGCCCUCUCCUCCUCGAACCCACGAUCGGCAUCCUAGUUAGCCACGUCCUCAUUGCGCUCCACGCGGCCGCAUCAACGCACGACCACCCGCUCCUCGUCAACCGCUCCUCCCCGGACACGCACGGCUCCGGCGGCUCAGUGAGCCUGGUGCAGUUCGCACGGGCAGAUGUCGACUCGUGGGCGCGCGCAGAGCCGGACAGCGCUGCGAGCCUCGCGUCUGGGGUGCACUCCCAGGAAGAGGGCAGGGCUGCGGCGGAUGAAGAAGAGCUGGAGACGGAGCCUGAGCAGCGGAGCAUUCCCAGCGCGGACUGUCACACUGCAGCAUAG